AUGAAAGAGACAGAAAGACUAUGGAAACGCACUGUCUCUCGAAAGAAGUCGCAUGGCAGAAACUCAUCAUCAGCGAAGACGUCUAUUCCACGGGCACGAACGAUCUCCCCUAAGAGAAGGGUACGAGCAUCGCAUGUGCGCACUACAACAAGCUCGAGCAACUACAGUUCAAGAACGUGA